AGGCGCCGCGGCGGCGGGAGGCGAUGGCGGAUCCCGGGGAAGCGGCGCGGGAGGAGCUCGGGGCCCCCGCCGAGCAGGACCCGCCGCCCGGGGCCUCGUCCCCCUCGGGGGCUGGAGCGGCGGCCGCGGAGGAGCCGGCGGCUGCCGAGGGGGCAGGAGAGGGCGAGGCGGGAGAGGCUGGCGGGGCCGGGGAGCCCAAGGCGGAGGCACCGGACGGGGAGGUGAGGAGCGCGGAGGGGGAGGCGGUGGACGGGGAGGACCCCAGCCUGCAGCCCUCGGCCGCCAAAAAGGUGAAGCUGGAGCUGAAGGAGAGGAAGGAGAAGAAGCCCAAAGUGGACGAGGAUGAGAUCCAGAAGAUGCAGAUCCUGGUCUCUUCCUUCUCUGAAGAGCAGCUGAACCGCUACGAGAUGUAUCGUCGCUCUGCCUUCCCCAAAGCUGCCAUCAAACGGCUGAUCCAGUCCAUCACUGGCACCUCUGUCUCUCAGAACGUGGUCAUUGCCAUGUCUGGCAUUUCCAAGGUCUUCGUUGGGGAGGUGGUGGAGGAAGCUCUGGAUGUGUGUGAGAAGUGGGGGGAGCUGCCCCCCCUGCAGCCCAAGCACAUGCGGGAGGCGGUGAGGAGGCUGAAGUCCCGGGGACAGAUCCCCAACUCCAAAUACAAAAAGAUCAUCUUCCACUGAAGCAUCCCCAGAGGAGACAGGAGGUAGAACAAGGUUCCUGGUGUCAGCCUCCAACAGUUCCAACAGAACUGAGAGACUGGAGCUCCUUCAGGAGUGCUGGGUGUGGACUCUGUGGCUGCAGGGAGGCCAAGAGGAGCCUGGUUCAUCAUCCAAGCACCAAGGAGCCACCUCCCUGACCUGGGGCCUGUCCCUGGUUCCAGAGACAGGAACAUUCAAGGUAUCACCCACCCAGGUCUCAUGUUUCUGCUGGCACAGAUGGUGUCUAUGUACAGAAGUACCUUUUUUUUUUUUUUUUUGUAAUUAAACUUGUUCUGGUAUUUUUAGCCUUGCUGGGAAA